CCGGGGUAAUAACGUACUGCGCAGUUGCAGCGGUCCAGACCGGGACAAAGGCCGUCGGAGGAGCACGAGCUGCACUGCGUCCACCGGCCGGUCAGUGGACAGAGUGGGUGGUCCAACAGUGUGUGGACGGUACUGAGCUCUGUCCACCGGAGCCGACCACGGCGGAGGCGGCGAAUAUCAGAUGGAGAUGACAGAUGUGCGUGAAGACCUGGCCGCCCUUCGCCGGGAGGUGUCCGCCCUUCGUGAAGUGGUGUCCGCCCUUCGUGAAGAGAUGUCCGCCCUUCGUGGAGUGGUGGCCCCCCUUCGUGAAAAAGUGACCAUUCUAAACGAGGUGGUGGCAAAAGACAAUAAGGAGACAAAGAAGCUCAAGGGGGAGUACGCCGCACUUCACGAUGCGAUGGUCCGCCUGGAGCAGGCAGUGGUCGAAGAGCGGACCACUCGCCAGACCGUGGUGGAGGAUCUGCGGCAGGAGGUCCGCCGGCGAGCGGCGCCAUCCGGCCGUCCCCAGGGUAAAAUUACAAAAGCGUUUCAUGACGUCACGGUACAGACGGAGCCGCAGCCACCGGCAGACAGUGAUACCACAGUGCUGAGAGAGGCGCUAAGGAUCGUGACGACGUUCGACGCUCCGUCAGACCUUGGCGAGGACCAGCUGACGGCGCUUCUGCAGAGUCUUCCUCGCUUGGAGGAGCUGACCGUCAGGGUGCCGUCCUUCGGAACGGGGCGGUGGCUGCGGCUGCUGCCGACGUCACUGAGGACGCUAUACGUUGCCGGGCCGGAGGUGACGAAGCCGAGGUGGCCGGGACGGUACGGGAGUGGUCUGUCGGUAUCUCUCCAAGGGGUGGCUGCCGACACCAUCAGUCACCUGGCCACGGAGCUGGGGUCACGGAUUACCCUACUAGUCACGGAUGCACAAAUUACUACUAUUCCAAGUCAACUUCGUGGUGCCAUCAUCAGGGUGGACCCAAACACUGUCAUCCUUCCGGCCGGAGUCGGUGACAGCGAGCUGACGGAGCUGCGGAGCUCACGGGAGACUGUGGAGCGGCUGUCAGUCUCCGCCGCCGACCUCCCGCGACUGAGGGAGCAGCUACCGGAGGGCCUCGAGCGCCUCAAUGUCAGAGGGCCGGAGGUGACGGAGCCGAGGUGGCCGGUACUGUACUUGGAUGAUCUGUCAGUGUCGCUCCAGGGGGUGGCUGCCGACACCAUCAGUCACCUGGCUGACCUGGGACGGACGGUCACACUACUGGAGAUAUACGACUGUCCUGAUCUCACGGCCGGCAGUCUGGAGCCCCUCACCAGGUGCCCUAAGCUGGGGGAUCUCACCCUGUCCGGCGGCAUCACUGACGCCGUGAGCCUGGAGCCCCUCACCAGGUGCCCUGAGCUGCGGAUUCUCACCCUGUCCGGCGGCGUCCCUGACACCGUGAGCCUGGAGCCCCUCACCAGGUACCCUGAGCUGGGGUGGCUCACCCUGUCCGGCGGCGUCCCUGACGCCGUGCUGGACAGUCUCAGCGGCUGCCCCGGGCUGGUGGUCCUUACACUGGGGGACCGCCAGCGGCCGGCAGAGACGGCCUUCACAGCAGCAGCGGUCACCAGACUGGUGAAGUCGUGUCGGGAGCUGAUUGGGCUGUACCUUCACUGCACGGCAGACACCGGCCGGGCCGUGCUGACCGCCCUGAAGGAGGCGGACCUGGGCCGGAAUAGUUAUGACCGGCCCCGUACCAUCCGUCUCCAUGUCCCCGAGGAGCUGUACCGUCAGCUGAAGAGCCAGGAAGGCGAUGGGGUCAAAGUGUGGAAGUGGGGGAAAUGAUGCGCUGCACUACCGACCGUGCAGUGAUGAGCUGACUGCAGAGAGUCAGAGGCCGAGCCAGUCGGCCGGGGCCGCCAGCUGACUGCUGCCGUGUGUGCUGCACCAGCCGGCACUGAGAGCGGCGCCGGUCAGCCGGCACACGGCCCCCGUGUCCGCUCUAGUGUAGUGAUCUAGUUGUAGUAGUUGUAGUGAAGAUGUAGUAGUAGCACACGGAUGUGAUGUAGUGGGUAAUUACCGGGUGGGUAUUGUGGGUAGUUGGACGGGAGAUGUGAUGUAGUGGGUAAUUACCGGGUGGGUGUUGUGGGUAGUUGGCUGGAAGGAUGUGACCUGGUGGGUAAUUACCGGGCGGGUAUUGUGGGUAAUUGGACAGUGAAAAGUGAUGUGACUGAGUGUAGAAACUGAUCGUGACAUUGCGAUAUUUUGUAUAUAGAACCCACAUCUUAGCUUAGCUGUAUAAAUGGGGGCACUCCUGGACCGUCCGACUCGGUUCACCGCGCCUGGUCCCGGCGGCACGGCCGGCCUCGGUCACGUGACCGUCCCCCGGUGAAGUCGGACGGAUCGGUCACGUGACCGCCGUGCCGGGUCGGGCGGCUCGGUCACGUGACCGCCGUGCCGGCUCGGCUCGGCGGGCAGUCGGACGGGGACGCUGUCUCACGGGCACCGAGGUGCACAGUAGUGAUGUCAAUUACGGAAAAUCAGAAUACCGAUACCUAACUAAAUACCAACGAAAAUCUCGGGAAAAUACCGAAACCAAACCAACUUGGGAAAAUGAGGGAAAUACCAACUUUUACCGAUUUAUUAGCCUCUUAUACAUUAGCGAGGGUUUAUGAUACCAACAAAACACCAAAUACAUUACAAUUGAAAUACCAAGUAGCAAGUUGGUAUCGGUUUGGUAUCGGUAUACCAAAACGUUGGUAUCCGAUUGACAUCUCUAGUGCACAGCGCGCCAUGUUGAGUGUUCUGGAUGCGUGUUGUGACACUCACACGGACAGGUAUAUAUCAAUAUACUACUGGAUAGGCCGUCCGAGCUGUAUAGGCGGUGUCAGUUGAGACGGCGGCUCACAGCCGCGCCCGCCCGGCCGCUCCGGCAAGCGGGUGUCUGUUCUACUCUCUGUCUACUAUACAUACACGAGAGGAGUUGCUUGAGCUGUAUCAUAUAUGUAGCCGUCAAUAAACCAAUGAGCAGUG